CAGAACGGCCCCGUCGCUGUGGCACCACAGCUGCUGCGCUUCAAUUAGUUCAAAUUAACUGUGUAACAUUUCACCCACUCGAUGUGUUUUAAGCAUUGAUGUGAUGGGAGUGAUCGAGCCCGAAAGCAGGGAUCACAAACACAGGCGAGGCGGGUGGCAGCUCCCUCACUCGAACUGAGUGCAGAGUAAUCUCAGCGACGUCAGCAUUCUCGCUGGCGAUUCUAAUCUAAAUCCAGAUUCAAAAUCGAUGCAUUCUUGACGAACCUCCAAUUUUGAUUAUGUGUUGCACCUCUUCAUUCCGUCAUCAUGCUACUGGUGCCAAAUAUGGAAUUUAGUCUAAAAAUGUAUUGAUUCCAGACAGCUUUACUCAAUUUGCCUUCAUUCGCUCGUUCCGCCUUUUCACUUUGUUUUUGUUUUGUAAACAUUGCGGUGCACCAUUUAAACUUCUAUAAAAUUAAUUUCUAUACGUAAAUAUCGCAUUGUUUGCAAUGUCUUUCUUACUUUGGGAGAACUAGUUGGUGACGUUCACUCAACUAUUGUGUUGGAAGCCGUUAAGCUUCACACGAUUAUAAAGUUAGUUCAUCUUGUUCACUUGAAAACAAGACCUUACACCGAUUAUUCACUCCACGUGCAAUCUUGCAACAGAUGGCGUUCCUCUGGCGUUCGCUGCGGGUGUGCCAAUAUCAUUCCAGAGUGCUUCGAAGAAGGGCCAUUGCCCAAAACGUCGCAUAUUAUACAUGUCAAGGAAGUGUUAUUGACGACGGUGGAGGGUUUUCUUCGUCGCAGAGGUUAAAGGUGGAAGGUUUAAGGCGGAGCCAUCGCGGAGGGCAGGGGUGGUCGGUGACGUCGCCACGCUUCGGGUAUAAAGGCGGCUGCUGCUGCAAGCUGAGCGCGCAGUCUCUCGCGAGGAGCUUUGUCACAAGUAGUCGCAAUGUCUGGACGCGGUAAAGGCGGUAAGGGGCUCGGCAAGGGAGGCGCAAAACGCCAUCGCAAGGUGCUGCGCGACAACAUCCAGGGCAUCACCAAGCCCGCCAUCCGCCGCCUCGCUCGCCGCGGCGGUGUGAAGCGCAUCUCGGGCCUCAUCUACGAGGAGACCCGCGGCGUCCUGAAGGUCUUCCUUGAGAACGUCAUCCGCGACGCCGUCACCUACACGGAGCACGCCAAGCGCAAGACCGUCACCGCCAUGGACGUGGUCUACGCCCUCAAGCGCCAGGGCCACCGCAGUGCGACUGCUGCUCCCCGGCGAGCUGGCCAAGCACCCAUGGCUCGCACCAAGCAGACGGCUCGCAAGUCCACGGGCGGCAAGGCCCCCCGCAAGCAACUCGCCACCAAGGCGGCCCGAAAGAGCGCUCCGGCCACGGGCGGCGUCAAGAAGCCUCACCGCUACAGGCCCGGCACCGUCGCUCUGCGCGAGAUCCGCCGCUACCAGAAGUCCACCGAGCUGCUCAUCCGCAAACUGCCCUUCCAGCGCCUCGUCAGGGAGAUCGCGCAGGACUUCAAGACCGACCUGCGCUUCCAGAGCUCCGCUGUCAUGGCUCUGCAGGAGGCCAGCGAAGCGUACCUUGUCGCGCUCUUCGAGGACACCAACCUAGCUGUGUUAGUCGCAAUGUCUGGACGCGGUAAAGGCGGUAAGGGGCUCGGCAAGGGAGGCGCAAAACGCCAUCGCAAGGUGCUGCGCGACAACAUCCAGGGCAUCACCAAGCCCGCCAUCCGCCGCCUCGCUCGCCGCGGCGGUGUGAAGCGCAUCUCGGGCCUCAUCUACGAGGAGACCCGCGGCGUCCUGAAGGUCUUCCUUGAGAACGUCAUCCGCGACGCCGUCACCUACACGGAGCACGCCAAGCGCAAGACCGUCACCGCCAUGGACGUGGUCUACGCCCUCAAGCGCCAGGGCCGCACUCUCUACGGCUUCGGAGGCUGAGCGCCCAUCUCUCGCACACUAAGCCAACCCAAAGGCUCUUUUCAGAGCCACC